GUCUGCCCAAAACCUGGUCGGUUACAUUGUCGAAAGUAUACGGCUUAUGCUGGGGGAUGGGGCUGGGUUAAAAUAUCUUUUCCCUCGCAUCUUUCUCAACCACACACACCUUUCAUGGCUCGCGCAGAGGAGUUUCGCCUGUAUUUCUACUCUGGCCACAAGGGCCGGUUUGGCCACGAGUUCCUGCGUUUCGACAUCGACGGCUACGGCAAUUUGCGCUAUGCGAACCAGUCCAACUAUCGUCGCGACUCAAUUAUCCGCAAAAACAUGCGCCUCAGCCCGGCACUCGUCGGCGAGAUCAAGCGCAUUAUUGAUGACAGCGAGAUCAUGAGGGAGACCGACCAGAAGUGGCCGGAAAAGGACCAGGAGGGUCGUCCAGACACUCGAGAUCACCAUGGGCGGCAAGAGCGUGUUCUUUGAGACAAAAAAGCUCGGGUCGCUGGCUGAUAUACAGAGAACCGACGACCCCGAGGGCCUGCGCGUGUUUUACUACUUUGUCCAGGAUAUAAAGUGUCUUGUAUUGUCGUUGGUCGCACUGCCACUUCAAGAUCAAGCCCAUCGCC